AUGACUAUCACUAUCAAGGCGAACUUGAAGUGUGUGUUGUUGUAACUUGUUUUUGUCUUCCUAAGAUGUGAUUCAAAUAUAUUUCGUAAGAGUAUUAUUCAAGUCAGAACUUCACAAGGUCGUGUACACUUCGAAAGCGUUAAUAGGUAGUGAAAUUGUUCGUCUUCGAGGUUAUUUAUUGGGGAAUUUAAUCGGUACGGUGACAGUCGCAUCGACUAGACGGCAAAACAGUCGUGUCGGCUUUUCUUUCGUUUAUCCCCGUUUGUGGAUAGGAAAAUCGAUACGAGGAGUUGGAAAUUGGACUGGUAGAGGUCCUCAGUGUAUGGAUAUGGUUGUCAAGAUUAUGCAGGCAGGAGUUCCCACUCAAUUUGACCUGGAAAAGUACUCUACUCCGCUGUUUAGGAAUUUACGGGAGAAGGCGCGGAAGAGAACUGCAACUGAAGCGUUUUCCAAAACUGCAGAUGCACUUGACGAUCUCGAGUUAGCUCCGAGGACAAAACGUGUGGUAAGGCGGCCGCCUCCAGCGUUAACAAUAUAUGUACGGAGAGAGACUGAAAAAGCCUACAAUGCGAUUAUGUUGGAAGAAGUGACAGUGGAAAGUCUAAAACUCGCCGUUUCUGAGAAGUACGGCACGCCAACAAAUUCGAUCAAGAGUUUUGAGCUUCGAUGCAAGGAGGGGACCUCCUCAGAAAUUGAUGAUAAAGCUGUGGAAAGUUUUGUUGAUGAGGACGACUUCAUCAUCUCUUUAGACUACAAUGCCCAAAAUGGUGUUUGCAGUAUAGUGUUGGAAACAUCAAGCUGACGAAUGGUUUUGGGCUCUUUUGCCCCGUUUUGUACUUCGCAAGAUGAAGGACGUUGUUUACAAGUUAAAUUUGUGCAUAUUUUAUUGAAGCUCACUUCAAGUGGUCUGUUAGGAGAAUUAUCUGACAUUCAGUUGAAGCUGAGGAAAACUGAAAAUAAUUUUUUUUUGUACAAGUGCCUAUCUUGGCUAUUUUGUCUUACCUUAAAAAGUAACAGUCACAUUAUAACACUGCUCACGAGUGAGUCGUGUUAAAUUUAAUACACUCCCUUACAAAGGAGCAUUGCUAUUAGUUUAUUACAGAGAGG